CAGUUGUUUUUAACUUAUUUACUUUUUACUAUGAUUCCUUGAUUUUGGGGCGACUGUAGCUCAGGUAGCUGAGAGGUUUUCUACCAGGAGCAGAGUUGGUGGAUUGAUCUGCGUCACCUCCUGUCCACAUGUACAGAUGUAACGUCCUCGGGAAGUGGUUAAGUCCACCUUUAUUCACACUGGCAGCCUGGCAAGACAACACAGAUCUUGAUGCAUCCUCCAUUACCCUGGUAACGGGCCGCGUUGCAUCAGCAUCCGCAGCAUCCAGCGGUUUCUGUCAAGGUCGACGUCGAGAGGCAUCAUGGGAAGGCGAGGAGGACAGGAGGCAUUGAGGACGUGAGGGAGGUUCACGAUCCACCCCUCCCUCCCUCCCUUUAUCUGCGCAUGCGCCCACAUUUUUUCGUCAACUGAAUGAAUCCUGCGACCAUAACAGGAUACAGACGCCGCCUUUUGCCUCCCGGGACGCGGUGAUGCGGUGAUGAUGCACGGCGGUCAUGAGUCUCUGCGCGUAAAAAUCGGAGGGGCGGAGUCACGUCACGGCAUCCCAGCGUUUCCAGUCUCUCAUUGGUGGAUCAGGGGAAAAAAAUAAUAAAAACAAGUACGUGCGGGUACGUGCGGUUCUCCUCGCCGCUCCCGGAUGAUUCUAUAAGACAAGGAGGGAGGCUCUGCUGCAAAAAAAGCUCCGACCUCUGCAGCUCCGGGAGGGUUUUCUUUGUGCGCCUCCGCAGUCACGACAAGUGAGUGUCCUUUAAUGUGCGCAGAUUUGGGCGUCUUUUUGGGGGGCUGUAAAUCUGCUCCUUCCUCCAGUUUGACCUACUCCAGCCUCCAAAGCUUUCAGCGCCGGCGGGCGGGUCCUGCAAGAUUUAACCAGCACUUGAAGCUGCCCAGAUCCUUUCUUUGCCCUGUGAUCAUCUAACUACAACAUGGAGGGCCAAGAAAAGCAGGUAACAGGUUACCUCCUGUUCUCUCUGGCCACCGCCGUCAUCGGCUCUCUGCAGUUCGGUUACAACACCGGAGUCAUCAACGCUCCAGAGCAGAAACUGCGAUCCUUCUUCAAUGAUACCUGGAUGGAGCGUUAUGGCGAGCCCAUCAGCCAGGGCGUCCAGACCAUCGUCUGGAGUGUUGCUGUCGCCAUCUUCAGUGUGGGCGGCAUGGUGGGCUCCUUCAGCGUCGGUGUCAUGGCCAACCAAUUUGGCAGGCGUCGCUCCAUGUUCCUGGUGAACUCCCUGGCAGUGAUUGGAGGCCUCCUCAUGGGCUUCUCCACCAUCUGCUCCUCCUAUGAGAUGGUGAUCGCCGGUCGGCUGGUCAUCGGCCUGUUCUGUGGCCUGUUUACCGGCCUGACUCCCAUGUAUGUGGGCGAGGUGUCACCGACACCACUCCGCGGAGCUUUCGGCACUCUGCACCAGCUCGGCGUGGUCGUGGGCAUCCUGAUCGCACAGAUCUUCGGUCUGGAGGCUCUGCUGGGCUCAGAUAAGCUGUGGCCCCUGCUGCUGGCCCUCACUGUGGCCCCCGCUGUGCUGCAGUGCAUCCUGCUGCCUUUCUGCCCUGAGAGCCCCCGGUUCCUCCUCAUCAACCUGAAACAGGAGGAGCAGGCACGCAAAGCACUGGUGCGUCUGCGCGGCACUGAGGAUGUGAGCAAAGAUCUGCAGGAGAUGAAGGAGGAGAGCGCCAAGAUGGCCAUGGAGAAGAAGGUGACCAUUGCUGAGCUGUUCCGCUCGGCGGCGUACCGGCAGCCUCUCCUCAUCGCCGUCAUGCUGCAGCUCUCCCAGCAGCUGUCGGGAAUCAACGCUGUGUUUUACUACUCCACAGGGAUCUUUGACUCCGCUGGCGUCAAACAGCCCAUCUACGCCACCAUCGGAGCCGGCAUCGUCAACACCGUCUUCACCGUCGUUUCCCUCUUCCUGGUGGAGAAGGCAGGACGAAGGACGCUGCACCUGCUGGGGUUGGGUGGGAUGGCCAUCAGCGCUCUGCUCAUGACUGUCUCCCUGCUGCUGAAACACGUCCCCGCUAUGAGCUACAUGGCCAUCAUCGCUGUCAUGUUGUUUGUGGCUAUGUUUGAGUUGGGCCCCGGUCCAAUCCCGUGGUUCAUUGUGGCCGAGCUGUUCUCCCAGGGGCCCCGCCCGGCCGCCAUGGCUGUGGCCGGCUGCUGCAACUGGACGGCCAACUUCCUGGUUGGAAUGAGCUUCCCCAAGCUUGAGGAACUGUGCGGGCCCUGGGUCUUCCUCAUCUUCACCGCCUUCCUCAUCAUCUUCUUCAUCUUCACCUUCAUCAAAGUCCCAGAAACGAAGGGAAAAACCUUCGACGAGAUCGCCCGCAGCUUUGGCAGCGCUCCACCCGCCGCCUCCUCGUCCACCGAGGAGCCUCCUGCCAGCGCCAGCACCGCCGUGGCACUUCCUGCCUCGCCGGUGAAAGAGAAAGUCCCGUUGGUGGAGGCUCCACCGGCAGCUCCACCAGCAGCUCCACCAGCGGCAGCAGCAGAAGCUCCGCCUCCUCCCACCGAGACCACACCUCUGGAACCAAAAACCAGCAUAGAGCAGGUGUAGAUGAAGGUUUAGUGAGUGCAAGAGGUUCUAAACGAAGGAAUGAUCACAGAGGUUUCAAAACAUGGUAAAUUCUCACCAACUUGGAGCCACAGAAGCGAGUUCAUUUUACGUAUAAGAGAGUAACAGCGUCAUCCAUUUCUAUGGUUUGACCUUUUGAAAGGUCACGCUUUCCGCUUUCAUGGUUUUAAUUUUCUGUGAAAUCUCAAACGAUUCCUUCUUUUAAAUCCUCUCUCGGUUUAAAUCUACGCUACAUUCCUCGGAAUUCAGCUGCACUCAUUAAAAGGGUGAGUCGCUUUCAACACAGGCCGUCACCAGGGCGACACACUUCUCGAAUCAGGCGAAAACAGGCGGAAUGUUCGUUAUUGCAGAGGUGGAGCUUUUUCUGAACGUGUACAGGCGUCUCCAUAAACUUCUUCCAGUGAGCGAGGUGACACGGAUAGUGACCAUCCACGUUUGUUAAAUUCACACAUUCCUGUUUUAAAGUGGAUAUUAUAGUGCAAUGGAACUUUCUAGUUGUAGUUUGUGUUCUGUUCGUUGCUGUUAAGUUUUCUCAAAGUAUUUUCAUCACAAUAAGAUAUUAUUUUUAAUUCAUGCUCUGCCUUCAGCUGGUGAUGAUGAGCUGAGAAACAUGAGAGCCUUUUAGAAAAUGCCAAAGUCCUGAACUUAAAUUAGCAACUUGUGUAACCUCAGAUGCGGUUGUUUAAAUGUCAGCUACAGGUUCUGCUCAAUUUAUUACCGUAGUUAAAGCUGUAAUCCACAAGUAAAUCUUUAUUUAUGGGUUUGGCGCCACCUUUGGUCAAAAGCACUCAUUGCUGUAGUGUUGGGAGGCUAUUUUUUAUUGAUAAAGUACUGGUGGUUAGUAAAAUCAGGAAUAUAGCUUAUAAAUUUUAGGACUAAUGACUGUGGCCUGCAAACAAAAACGUUUUUACCACAUCGUUUUACACAUGUAGAUCCACUAGGGUAGCGUGCAAUGUCUAUUUUUUUGGUUGAAGGGGAAAUUAUAGUAUUUAUUAUCAUAGAAAUUAAUUUUCUGUACAGAGUAUAUAGUUAAAAAGCAAAUUCAGAGUUUUAGUGCUUUCCAGAAGUAUGAAAAGUGACUUUAAAGAGAGCUUUGCCCAGCAGUUUUGCAGUAAAACGUGCAUCACUCCAAGUGCAGCUCAGAGAUUUAGAGGUUUAUACGCAUUUUUGUAACCAGACGAGCAGCAAAGUGAGCAUUAGAGCAGCGCUUUAUGUCCAGCUAGCAGACUGCUAAUAAUCCAAGCUGUAUUUACCUGAACGUAUAUCUGACAAAGCUAUUCUUAGAGUAAAAUGUGCAAUCAACGUAGAAUCUUCAGCUUGAACUCUGUAGGAGCUGAUUGUGGGUCGAGGCAAUUAAAGGGGAAGUGCUAAUAAUGUGGAAACGACGGGUAAGAUUAGUCUGUCAAGGGUCGUUAAAGUGGAAUAUUAUAUUUUGCAUUAUAUUUUUCACAAAGGGAGAAAUCGCUACUUAAAAUGGGAGAAAAUCGUCUACGUACUGUGAGUUUUGUGUUCAAUCAAAACGGAGUGUCCUUUGAAAGUGCAUGCAUGCCGUGCUUUUAUUUUGAAAUGAAGUUGAAGUGUUUUUUUCACUUAAUUUAGAUGUUUAGACAGAAGCUAUUUGAGAAGGACAGACUGAGCUUUUAGUUCUACAAACAAUAUUUGAGAAACCUGAAGAGCUUUUGUGUUGAUCAUCCGACAUCAUGUCUAGGAUUUUAUUGAAUUUUAUUUGUCCUUUAAAGUUCGCCGGCUGAUAACGUAAUGUUGUUUUACUCUGGAAGCUUAAAGAAAAUGGGCUUUAUUUAACCCGGAUAGAUUUAUUUCUGCAGAAAACAGUGCAGAAAAACGAAGAAACUGGCUAAGAAAGAGCUAAACUACAAUCUGCCUUCAAAAUUCUACUUUUUUCUCAUGAGAUUAAUCUGCUACUUUGUCCUAAUUAUGUUUCAUUGUCAUCCAAUCCAGAGAAUAUCUCUAAAAAUCCUUUAAAUGAAAGCCCAAAUGCACUGACACAUCAUUGUAUGAAUAAUAUAUUUUUGUUAUUACAUGAUCUCUAUUGCUUCAUGCUCCACUUCUAAAUAAUAAAACCUAAAAUGAUGCUGUUUUGUUUGACAGCAGCUUCUGGCAAACUUUAUGUUUCCACAUGGAAAUUGAUGAGAAUGAAUUUAAAAUUGUCUGUAGGAUCUUAAAGUCAGACUGUGUCCGGUGAGUUUCUGGCUUCAUCAUUUGGGUCUGUGAAGUUAGCCAUGUGUAGCAUCGCAGGUUUAUGUAUCCAAACACUGUACAGAACGUGUGUGGUGUAAACGUGUACGACACAAAGUCUAUUUUCUAUAUUCUGUCGUGACUGCUUGGAUUACUGUAGUUUAUUGGAAAAAAAAUUGCUAUUUUCACCCAUGCUGCACAUUGAGAACAUAUUUAUUUCUGUACUUUCUUGUGUUAUUUAUGGACAAAUGUCCGUCUUGACAAGUCAUUUUUAAUGUGAGAUCUGAUUGAGAUGUGAAAAUAAGUCAGUUUACUGAUGUUUGUUGUUGUGAGGAGGCUUGUUAGGAUGAAUAUUUGUCACAGUGAGGGUCUCGGCUGUGAUGUGUAUCGCUGUAUUGCUGUACUGUGUUUGCACUGAGGGAGGUUGGUGGUUUUCGCUCCUCUCUGCUGGUGUUCGGUGUCGUUUUCGGUCUCUCCUGUAAAGGUCCAGCUUCUGUCUGUGCUUCACCUUCACCACUACCUUCAGUAUGACACUAACACUGACUUUUUUCCAAGCCUGAGUCUGAUAUGGAGUUAAAAUGCUUCCUGUUACGCACCUUUGCCUUUUGUGAUGUCAGCAGUUUCAAAGACCUCCGAGUUUCGUGCUGUUCUUUUAUCUGAGGUGACUUGAAACAAACGCAAGGUUGGAUUUUGCAGUCACAUUUCAAGUUUUUCCCUCUGGGUCACACUACGGCUGCACAAUAUCUGGUUUCAACUUGAGGCCAAAUCAUUCAAACACAUCAUGCUACAGCUAUUUUUGCUGCUUGAUAGCAUAAGAAAACUUGCACUUUUCUCCAUUUGUAUCACUUAUCUACAAGAGAAAUCUGUUUAAUAGAACAUAAUUUGCUCUAAUAAGAGGGUUUUUGUAUCUUAAUUUAAAGAUACAGAGUUUGUUGACAGCAAAAUGAGCAAGAAACAGUAAGGGAACACUGAGAAGGGUGAUUUGGUCACAAAAAAGAAAUGCAACAUCAGUUAUUUGAGCAUUUAAAUCAUCACAAAUCUCUAUAUGAUGAGUGCAAAACCAAAUCUGAAUGCUUUUGACAGUGCUUUUCUGGCUUUUUUGAGAUUAACUUUUACUUUCUAUGCAGAUGCACUGCCCUCCAAAAUCACUUUAGAAUGAUCAACUCCUUCCAAAUACUUAUUCAAGUCAUCUGCUGAAAACCCCUCCACUUUUUCAUUUUGCAACAUAUAGUGUAUAUUGCAGGAAAACAAAACAUCACAUCAGUAUUUUUCCACUGUUGUGCAGCCGUAGUUGAAACCAUCUUUCCAAAGCGAAUGUUAGCAAAACUGCCCAUUUACUAGUGAGUCAGGGACUGCAAGUAAAACCUUGUUUGCACUUCGGACAAGAGUUCAGUCUCUAAAAAACAAAACAUCCAUUCGACUGCAGCGCAUCACAAAAGCAUGUGAAAGGAUUUGAAAAGGAACAUGUGGACCCACUGCUCCUCACCAUGGCCGGCUACUUUCUGCACCAAACCCUCCACUUUCUGUACAAAGACAUAGUAGAGUUCCAAGUAUUACCUUGUAAAUAUGUAUUUUUUAAAAAGAGUACUAUUUCUAUGUUGACUUUCACGGCCACACACGUGUUUUUUUUGUUUUUACUUUGUGUGUUGGGGUGCACAUGGUGGUUUUCUGUCUGAACGUCACUGUUCUCUUUCAUUUCUCUCAGUCGCUGCCGUGUGUUUUCAUCUGUGUGCCUCGUCAGAUUGUAGUUGUUGAGUUUGUAAAAUUCAGGAAAAUUGGCUGUGAUGACAUUGCCGUGGCAACCGCUAGCAUCUGUUACUACCGGGUCGCGUUACCUAGCAACAGUCGUGGAGUAAAUUCCAAACGGGUGCAUUUUUACUGACAAAUUUCGACCCGACUGCAGCUGAAAUUUACAUCUUUAAAUACAAAUUUCAAUGAUAACGCUGCUGCCUUUUUUUACUUACAGGUUUCUCAGUAAAAAAUCCAAACUGUAUCGAAUCAGCAGCUUUGGAGUUGAUGAUAAAAUGUCACAGAUUUGGAUGUUAUAAUGAUAUUAAUGUGCUUGUACUGCUGUCUUUUGUUCUGUCUGUGUUUCUGUGUUCCUGCUGUGUAAAUAGAUCUCUGAGUAUCAUGUACUGUAAGUCAGCUCUUCGUGCCUCACUCAUGUUUAGACUGUUAAUCAGUGUGUGUGUUUGUGAGAAAGCUUCCCUUUGCUUCGCUGUGGGAGACGUGUCAGAAAUCACACAUCGGGUCAUUCAGCCUGAAACACUGAGAUUUUUUUUUAUCUUGAAGUAACUCAAAUCAGUGAGAAAAAGAGAAAAAGGGAGAAUUUUCCAGGGCUUCCUAGUGCAUUUCAUUGACAUCUGCAGUUUGUAUGUUUGAAUUAAGGUGAAUUAUUGUGAUUAAAGUGCAGCGACUGGAGUCAUAACAGCCACCAUCUGUAUGUUUUGCUGUUUCAGGGGCAGCGAAAAUAAGCCUAAAUCAAUUUCCAUGAUGUUUGGGGGGCUUUAAUUGCAAAGUUAAUCAGUUUAGAAAUAAACUGAGGAGGCGAUUCUGCAGGAAUAUCUGUGAUUUUUAACAUUUCUCUGUGCCACAGCAGUGAUGCACCCCAGCUGACUUUUCUUUGUACUGUACAUAGCUGAUAAAAUGUUGUUGAAUAAAAUAUUCAUCAUGUAACUACAAA